CCGGGGACCCCCUUCCUCUUUCUGCAUGGGCUGCGGGAGCCGUUCGAGCGAACGUGGAGGAGGCGUCCGACGGUUCUCCAAUCCCUCCUAGACCUCGUCCUGCCCCGUUGUUCUUCCUCUCCGGUAACUACCCCCCUCCUAAACCAAAAUCGUUCCCUCCCCAGUCUUAAAUCCCGCUGCGCCUCAUCGUCGGCGACCCCAGCGCCGGGGACGGGACGCGGCAAAACCCAAGCCGCCACCUUCCACCAAAUUCCUUCUCUUGUCGCGCGGCGGGCCGGCGGCUCCGUUCGGGCUUUGGAUCGGUUUCUCCUUUCCCCUGGGGCUGAUCUUAAAGCUGUAUGCGAGCUGGAGCAGCCAUUUUCCCCCCACUACUCAAAUAAAGAAAACCAUCACAAUUACUCUUGAAGAGUUCAGGUUGCCUAUCAAGUAUCAGGUAUUGGGUUUUUUAGUUAACUUCAAAUAGACUGUCAAAUAUGGUGAUGUCUCUAGACAAUCUGAGGGGCUUUGCAUUAGCCACAUCAUCGGGUGCUUUUAUUGGUUCGAGUUUUGUGAUCAAGAAGAUUGGGCUCAAGAAAGCUGGGGAUGUUGGGGUAAGAGCAGGUUCUGGAGGCUACUCAUACUUAUAUGAACCGUUAUGGUGGAUAGGAAUGGUAACUAUGAUUCUGGGUGAGGUGGCCAAUUUUGCAGCAUAUGCAUUUGCUCCUGCAAUACUUGUUACUCCACUGGGAGCGCUAAGCAUCAUAUUUAGUGCAGUGUUGGCACACUUCAUUUUGAAUGAGAGGUUGCAUAUGUUUGGUGUUGUUGGCUGCGCAUUAUGUGUUGUUGGUUCAGUUGAUAUAGUUCUGCAUGCCCCAAUGGAAAGAAGGAUUGAUUCAGUUAGCGAAAUAUGGCAUCUCGCAACUGAACCAGGUUUCAUAGUCUAUUCUUGCUUGGCUGUAGCUCUUGCACUUGUUUUAAUGUUCUGGGUUGUUCACCAUACUGAGCAAAGGAAAAUGCUCGCAUACAUUGCAAUAUGUUCCCUAAUGGGGUCCCUUACGGUUAUCAGUGUAAAAGCAGUGGCUAUUGCCUUAAAGCUCUCAUUUACUGGAGUGAACCAAUUUGUGUACAUCCAAACCUGGUUCUUUAUUGUUGUUGUGAUUAUAUGCUGUGUAGUGCAGCUGAACUAUUUGAACAAGGCCUUGGACUCAUUCAAUACAGCUGUGGUAGCUCCUGUAUAUUAUGUGAUGUUCACCAUUCUUACUAUUCUUGCAAACAUGAUCAUGUAUAAGGACUGGGACUCUCAGAACGCAACACAGAUAGCUAGUGAGCUAUGUGGGUUUGUGACAAUCGUUGCAGGAACUUUUCUUCUUCACAAGACCAGGCAUUUGGGGAACACACAACCUGACCCGAAUUCGCUGCGAGCAGAAUGCGAACUCGAGGAUCAUAUCUAGCCAUUCUUUGUUAGACAUCUAACAUAUACCAAAACUCAUACUCUUGUUGAACAUCUAACGUAUACCGAACUUUUGGGAUCUCAGUCGGCAUGCAUUGCAGCUUUACUGCAACAGUUACUGAUUUAGCACAUUGACUAUUAAGGAUGUGUAGGCAUUUUUUAUAUGCUUCACAGGAAUAUUUGCUCCAAUGUUAAAUUCGCAGCGAAUUAUUUCUUCAGUUUGGGGAACAGAAUGUUAUAUUCAUUGUAUAUAUAGUUGAUGAUGUCCUACUGGAAUAUAUGCUGCCAAAUUCAUCAGGUUUUUCACACGGUCA